AUGGACGUGGAUGACAACAAAUCAGGAUUGGAAGAAAUACAACAGAUACUUGAACAACUUUCAAGCAACUGUUACCAGUACGAUGUACACCUGCGAUAUAUUCAAGCUCUUCGCCAAGCUGCAUUAUUUGAGGAAUUGAAGGACGCUCGAGAAAUGAUGCACAGCAUUUUCCCACUACCUGAAGAUAUAUGGCUUGAAUGGAUCCAAGAUGAAUCACGUUUAGCUUCCACGAAAGAAGAAAAGCAAAGAGUGAUUCACCUUUAUUCUGAAGCUGUCCAAGAUUAUCUAUCCAUUAAACUUUGGAAAGAAUAUAUAAAUUAUAUGAUACAAGAGUAUAAAAGUUUUCUUGAAGAAAUGGAUGAAACUGGUGACAAUUCUGGUGAAGUUGUUACACUAGAACAAAUCCGUUCAGUGUUUACAGAAGCAAUUAAAAAAACUGGAAAUUUUGUUCCAGAGAGCCAUAUCGUAUGGGAUACGUGUAAAGAAUUCGAAGAACAAAUAUUGGAGGCAUUACCUAGUGAUGAAAUGCAAAAACAAAGAGUGCAAAAAAUGUAUUUGGAUAGACUCAAGGUUCCUCAUGCAACUAUAGAAAAAACCUUUUCUGAUUAUUCGUCAUUUAUCACCAAAUAUGACAAUUCCGAUUAUGAAAAAUGUAUGGUUGAAUCCAAUAGUUUCUUUAGUCAAGCGAAGAGAAGAUAUUAUGAAAGAGAUCAUUACGAACAGGCAUUGGCUGCAUCUGAAAAUGCACUAGAUAAAUAUAUGGAAUACAUAGAAUUCGAGAAAAAACAGACAACACCCAACUGGCAGGCAGUCCGCACUUUAUAUGAAAGGGCCAUCGUCUUUCACUAUUUGGAUCCAUCACUAUGGGAGAAUUAUAUUUUCCAAUUAAUUGAUAAAAAAUUCCCCAUUAAUAUGGUUCUUAGUGUUGUUGAACGUAGUGUUCGUAAUUGUCCAUGGUCUGGAGAUCUUUGGAGUCAUUAUAUUCGAGUUUUAGAAAAAGAAUAUGAUUCCUAUGAUAAAAUCAAAAAUAUAGUUCAUAGGGCCCUCUCCACUGGCAUGCUUAAUAAUAGCAUAGAUGAGUUAGUAAAAGUUCUAUUGGCGCAUUGUGAUUUUGAAAGGAGAAGAAUAAAGACACCUUUGAAUUCAGAAAAUACAUUGAACCUUAUAAAUAUUAUACAAGAAAGUCUUCAAACAAUCAAAAAAUCUUUUCCGAGCGGUGACCCUAAUUAUCGUUUAGAAAAAUAUUUGUUAGAAAUUGAGACAUUGAAUAAAAACCUUACAAAAGCAAGAGAGAUUUGGGAAGAUAUUAUUAAAGCUCAUGGCAGAGAUUCUGAAACGUGGUUACGCUAUAUAGAGUGGGAAAGAUUCAUGGGAAACCGUGAUGGAAUUAUUGAAAAUCAUGAUGAAAUUCACAAAAAAUUCAAAAGAGCGUCCCAGCAAAAUACCGACUGGCCAGAACGUAUAUUUGACGCGUGGGAACAAUUUGAGCACCAAUAUGGAACCUUGGAAAGUAUGGAACACGCACUUAUGUUUAUUAAAAAGCAAACGAAAAUUGUUGCGCAUAGGCGUGCAAAAAAUGCUGCUUCAUUGGAAGCCCAAAAUGUUGGUUCUGAACAAGCAUUCCAGGUAUCAACCGCCAUUAAAGACACACAGGCAGGUUGGAAUUCCGAAGCUUCCCAGUCAUCCAAAGUAUCACAACCUGAAAUUUUAGAACCAGGUAAUGAUGCAAAAAAAAGAAAGCCUGAAGAGGAUGAGCCACAAUUAGAAGGCUCACCAGCUUACAAAAAAAAUAAAGCUCAACAUCCUGAAAAACCAAAGCGUGAUCGUGAGUUUACUACGAUAGUUGCCAGUAAUCUUCCAUUAGAUGUUACAGAGGGCCAGUUGAAAGCUCUUUUCAAUGAG